AAGAACUUAAAUACCACAACUUUGACGGUUGAAGUUUACUUUUUUCUUCUUGAUAAGUCCGAAGUCAGCAAAUUUUGUUCUAAGAAUCCGAAAAUGUCAAAUUCUGUUUGUUUCACUCCUGUUUGCUCCUCCUUCAAAUGUCCCACUAAACCAGGGAUGAUUAUUGAUAGUUCUGUUGCACGAAAGGUUCUUCGGGUAACUGAAGUGUGCAAGACCUCUAGAAGUGCCAGAAUUCAAUCUUUGGAAGUUAAGGCUACAGAUAGCAAUUCAAGCACCAAAAUAAAUAGCAUUGUUUGCCCUGAAUGUGAUGGAAAUGGUGCCAAACAAUGUUCUCAAUGCAAAGGUACUGGAGUUAAUUCUGUAGAUCACUUCAAUGGGCAGUUUAAAGCUGGUGGGCUUUGUUGGCUUUGCAGGGGAAAACGAGAGAUUUUGUGUGGGAACUGCAAUGGAGCUGGCUUUAUGGGUGGAUUCAUGAGCACAGUUGAUGACUAGAUGUAAAAUUUGGUCAUCCUGGGGUCUUAAUGUCUAUAAGUUGGAUUAACAUUUGCCCUUCCUUUUUUUUUCCUUCAUGUAAGACCUGCCUUCUGGCCUGCGAAGAGCUCUGUUAUUUCCCAUUAAUUUAAAAUUUACCAUUAAUGUUUCUUGUCAGUCUCAAUCUCAGUUGUCUUAUUGUUUUUCCUUUUAAAAUAGUUUAGAAAUCAAUGUUGUACCAAAGGAUCAUGUUAGAUUUACAAAUAAAUGAUAAAAUGAGAU